AAAAUACAUUGAACGUUUAAUAUUAAGCUUUAUAUAUGCUAGAUUUUUAUAUAUAAAGAGAAUUUGCACCUCGUUUAGAGCGAUAACGCAAGGGGGAUGUAAGGCCAGUGUUGUGACGGAGCGUUUCGGCAGCGGGGCGGCAGGAUGAGUAUCCUAAACUACAAUGGUGGCUGUGUGGUGGCCAUGAAGGGCAAGAACUGUGUGGCCAUUGCCUGUGACCUUCGCUUUGGUGUCCAGGCCCAGACCAUCUCAACUGACUUUGAGAGAGUGUUUGAACUUGGCCCUCACCUCUACAUUGGCCUGCCUGGGCUGGCCACAGACACACAGACUGUCUUCCAGAGGCUUCAAUUUCGCAUCAAGAUGUAUGAGAUGCGCGAGGGCCGGAGGCUGAAGCCCCAUACCCUGAUGGCAAUGGUGCAGAACCUCCUGUACGAGAGGAGAUUUGGGCCAUACUUCGUGGAGCCAGUCAUUGCUGGGCUGGACCCCACCACCAAGGAGCCAUACAUCUGCGCCCUCGAUCUCAUUGGCUGCGGCUGUGAACCUGCGGACUUUGUAGUGUCUGGAACAUGCUCAGAGUCACUUUACGGUAUGUGUGAGACAACCUGGCAGGAGGACAUGGAACCUGAGGACCUGUUUGAGUGCAUCAGUCAGUCACUCGUCAAUGCAUUUGACCGUGAUGCCCUCUCAGGCUGGGGGGCUGUGGUUCACAUCAUAGAGGCGGACAAGGUGACCACGCGGACACUCAAGUGUCGACAGGACUAGAAGGGUGUGCUACUCCUUCGGAACAAGCAGGGACUGCUUUAUGAUAUUUGCAAAAGUUUCAUCACCUUAUUUUGUUGCUGAACAUGUCUAGUAUGUUGAAAACCCUCAGUAAACUUUACCUAUGAUUAUUUGGAUUUUUUUUUUUACAAAAUAAUUAUCAAAGCUAAUAAAUGUUACUUUGAUAA